AUGCUGGGUGUGAUGCUCAAAGAUGGCUGUGUGGAUGGAGGGAAUGAUUUGGAGUUGGUUGUGAAGAACAGAAGGAUUGAAGAGACACUGGGGCUCAUGGAUGAUGGUGCUUGGGAGGGAUUUAUGGACAAGAGGGCAUCGCAGAAGCUGUUGGGGUUGGGAUGGAUUAUUGAAAGAGAGCUGGAGGCUCAAACUGGGAAGUUGAUGGUGCUCCUGUCCCUGGAGAUGGAGCCCCUGAUGGGCAUUGGAGAUGCUGGGUGUGAUGCUCAAAGAUGGCUGUGUGGAUGGGCAAAUGAUUCUGGAGUUGGUGUGAAGACACAGAAGGAUUUGAAGAGACACUGGGGCUCAUGGAGGUGA